CGUGCAAAGGAGCCAGCGAGAGGAUUAACCAGAGAAGAAUAAAAUCAGAUUUUGAGAAUUUGAACCUCCACAAUGUUUACUCUUUCAAGAUUUUGUUCCAGCAAAGUUAUUUAUCUCUUGUGUUUCACUCUUCGCUGUCAAAGUCGUGCAAUGGACGGUGCAGUUUCCUGAUGAACACUACAACAAAAACCUCAUCAAACUUUCUCUUAACAAGACACAUUUAAAAAUUAAAAAAAUAAAACUGUCUCUAUCAAAUGCGUGGAAUUGAAGCGGGCGGAUCGGCGGAAUCUAAGGAGUCUAGCCCAGAAAGCAGAAGCACAGUUACCUUUAUAUCUGUGUUUAUGGCUUUGUUCAGGUAAUCUACUGGAUUACUAUGAAUUUAGGGUUACUAAAUAUUCUUUAAAUUAGACAUCACAGCUUGGAUUUGUUUGUUUAAUAAUUUUGGUUCCAUUUUAGUUUCAGUUUACUGGCAAAGUUAACUGUUACAAAGAUUGAUCUUUCUCUUUAAUAUCAUCCCAAGAACUUAAGCAUGUGCAUAUUGCUAAUUAAAUGUGUUUAAAUUCUUUGUACUGAAACCAGUAAUGGAGUUCAAAUUUGCAGAAUAAAAUAAGACAGAUCAGGUACUUUCAAUACGUGUACCUAUUUCAUUCCUCAGAAUACUAAUACUAAGGCUGGAGUCAACAUAGAUUUUUUUACAUUUUUUCUUUUCUGGUAGAUGUUUACAUGCCUUCUGAAUUCUGAUGCUUAGAAAGGUCAAUGAGAUUAGCCACUACUUACAUUAUGUCAUAUGUCCACAGGAGAUGAAGCUGUCAAAUUAAAAGAAUCAGUCACAGAAGAAGAUUCAAUCAUCAUCUAUAAUUUUUUUUUAAUAUAAUUAGAAAAUCUAUCCAUUUUUCAGAUUAAAUAAAUCAUAUCAAACAAAUAAAAAUUUGAAUUUAAUGGUGAGUUUCAGGCUUUCUCCAAUGUGCAACAGUAAUAUGUGACAAUGGUUUGAGAACAAGUCAGUACAAUGGGAAGAAGGCACAAUGAACAGUGUUCCACUGUUCCUAAUCAAUUGAUUAGUUCUGUCAUUAGUCAUAUAUGAGUUGAAGGCAGGUGAAACAGUUAGAUUUGUAGCAGAGAAACCUUAUUAGGUUUCUUCCAUCUAGGACAACUGACAAGGAACGAGUUUGGCGGUUAAUGUGUCGGAAACAAUGUCAAGAGUCAUCUCAUCUCCCACGAUGUGGCCGUCCUUUUGCCUGUGCUAUUCAUUUAUUUAUUUUGCCAACAGAAUAGCGUCUGCUUAUUUUAUUCAAGAACCCUUCCCACGUUCUUUCAAUUUCAAAGCUGCACACACAAGUACCUUCUGUACGCUUGCUCUCAUUCUAAUUCUCCUCUCUUUCUCUACUUAGAGAUUUAAUUAAUUCAUUACUUACCUCUUAAUUAUUGUUGUUAGACCCAUUUUAUCAUUUUAAUUGUACUUUUAGCCACUCUAAUCACCUGUUUGAAGGCCAUUGAAAGAAACUGAUGUAUUUUAAUAUAUCUGUGCAUGAACUUGGCCCCUUCUGAGUUGUACUUUGCCUGGUAUUGUCCCCACAUUGGACUCCUGAGGUUUAGUUACAAAGAAUUGGGACCAGCACCAGUUAAUCAUUAGCUAUAAAAAAUUCAAUUAAGUAAUGUAAGUCAAUCCUUACUAACAUUCUCUUGAGGACUUGAGUAUAUAUAUGUCUUGCAGUUUUUGCUUAUCUCAAGCACAAUUAAGCUUCUAUCAGCAGUUGCAAGACACAGGCUUCUAACUCUUCAAGUUAACAAGAAAGAUGGAGCCUAUUGGAGUUUUUGCUGAUGGCGAAUGGGAAUCCCUUGGCAAAAUGUUCUCCAGUGAAGAGUUUGAUUUCCUUACAUAUCCUCUCCAGCAUGAUGAGGGGUUGCAUUUUAGAACCCCUUCUUCGGCCUUUUGCCACACUUCUGAAGUUGAUCCAAGUAUGGUGGAGAUCAAUGAGAGUAAUUUAUUUUAUUCUCCAAAUACUCUCUAUUCUAAUGUGAACAAUCUUUCUCAAGAUAGUAGUUAUGGUAGCAAUUGUAGUAGUAGUGUGUUCAUCCCCACGCCGACUCUGGAAACGGCUUACAUCUUUAGUGAUUCUAACCAUAUUUUAAAGACAAAUGAUGUGUCAAUCUCCAUAGAUGAGAAGAAAGUUGACUGGAAUGCCCUGGAAAGUGGCUCUAUCAAUGAAGGUAUCAAUGGCGACAAAUUUGGAAAUUCAGAGAAUGGCCAACCCGCAGCUGGGGUUCUUCUUCCCACAGAAUUGCAGCUUAAAAGGAAGUUCGAUGUUCCAGCUUCCCACACAGGAGGAGAAGGAAAAAUCAAUGUUAAUGCAUCUGAGAACAUGAAGAAAAGGCCCCGUGUAUCAAGAGAUGUACAAAGAACUAAGAGGAAUGUACCGUCAAAGAGGAAUGAUGGAGAAGAGAGCAACGGUGGAUCAGAUGGUCAAAGCUCCACCAGCUCCAGCUCUGAGGAUGACAAUGGUUCUCAGGAGACUAAUGGAGGAGCAACAUCAGAGUCCAAAGCAUCUCUAGCUCUCAACUUGAAUGGAAAGGCAAGAGCUAGCAGAGGAACAGCAACUGACCCCCAGAGCCUUUAUGCAAGGAAAAGAAGAGAGAGAAUAAAUGAGCGAUUGAAGAUUUUGCAGAAUCUUGUCCCUAACGGGACAAAGGUUGAUAUUAGCACAAUGCUUGAAGAGGCAGUCCAUUAUGUUAAGUUUCUGCAGCUCCAGAUCAAGCUUCUAAGCUCUGAUGAUCUGUGGAUGUAUGCCCCCCUUGCUUACAACGGAUUCGAUAUCUGUCUCAACCAGAGGAUUACUCCCCUACAAUGAUAUUUGGAUGGAGCUGCUGAAUCUUCUGCAAGAUUAUUUCAUUCAAACAAAUUUUAAAAAAUAAUAAAUAUAUAUAUUUAUACUUAUUUAUGUAUCUGCUAACUUGUAUCAA